AUGCCACGGCCAAAGGUCCAUCCAAGCCAGCGCCAGCGCGCUGCAGAGGCGUGCAACUUUUGCCGCGCUUCUAAGAAGCGUUGUAGUGCCACGGUGCCUUGCACCGCUUGCCAGAGACGCGGCAUUGGGGCAUCGUGUGUUCUGACUCAUCAGCCUCGAGGCUGGAGGAAGAAGCCCCCGCCUCGGUCAAGAGCCUCUGCGCCGGAGGAGGCCCGGUCGUCGCCGGAUGGUGGAGACCAUAAUCCGGAUGAUGAGUUUGCGUGGGGCCGAGAUGGCUUAACCAAUAUUACCAUCUCCAGAUCCGCGCCAGAGCCGCCGCAGCUGUCUGCAAAUUCUGGAUCUCCAACUCAAGGACCGGAGUCUCAUGCUCGUAUGCUCCUCAACCUACGAGGAGAGCAAGUUUAUAUCGGCGAAGCAGCCUCUCUCUCGUUUCUUCAGCUCAUUAGAGAUACAGUGACAGCUCAAAUCGGGCCCUCGCAAUUCUCGCAGAGUGAUAAGCGCCAUAGUAUGCUAGAGACGGAGCCUUCUGCUGCGGUGGACUCGAAUGACUUGGAGCCAACUACUUAUAAUCUUGAUGUGGAAAGUAGUUUACUAUAUGCUCGCAUCUACGAAGCUGCUACUGGAGGACUGCUGGAUAUUUUUGGACCACUCGAAGUUGAAGAUAUCCUUGUGAAAACCCGAACUGAUGGACCUCAGUCGAUAAGCUCGUAUAAGCAUGCCUCAAUUGAUCUUGUGGUAGCCAUUGGCGCGCAGUGCAAUUCUCCAAUGGACGCGCAGCAAGUCGGAUCAGUAUAUUUUCGGCAAGCACAGAAACGCGCAUUUUCCGGCAUGUUGGAGGAUCCUACCAUUGACAUGGUGCGCGCCUUUCUUCUCAUGGCUUUUUAUAUGCUUGGGCAUUGCCGAAGAAACACAGCAUUCAUGUACUUGGGGAUUGCGUCAAGGGCUGCAGUUGCUCUUGGGAUGCAUAGCCGCCAUUCAUAUGCAGAUCUGACAAAUCCAUUCUGCCAGCUGAGACUGCGAACAUGGAUGAGCCUCUGUGUGCUAGACAUGCUUGUAUGCUCCAUCCUUGGAAGACCACCCGCAACAGCUGGUCUAAGGGCAGAGCUCGAUACCACCGCUAUUGGCUCAUCUACGUCUCUAGAUACGAGAAGCUGUCAAAGCUUAUUUGCGUCGUAUAACAUACUCACCAUUAUUAAUGAGAGCGUUGAUGCACUGUAUGGGAAGAAAGUCACAUCUACCGCUAUUGUGGAACAAUUUUUGAGCAAAAUUGAAGAUUGGAGUCAAAAGCUUCCCAACUUUCUGCGCAAUCCUCUUACUUCUAAAAAAGGCUCUUCAUCACGAAAAGUGGCAACGGACAGCAUACAUAUCGCCUGUCUCUACUACUUCGCUAUUACCUUGGUUACUCGACCAGUAUUAAUAUCUAACCUGACUUCUCGCCAGGGUGUUGCGUCACCUUCUUCUUCACCUCUGGCGUCCGCAUGUAUUGAUGCAGCAGUGUAUCUGGUGCAGACGUGCUCAGACGCACACAAAUCAGGGCUUCUUCUCGGCAAUAUGUGUAUAAUGAAGGCACUUAUUUUUGCUGCUGGCCUCAUCCUCGGCUUCGACAUGUUUGCGAAAAAGGAGCUCGAUUACGAGGUUGAAACGACUUUUCGUAGCGCGAAAGAUGUUCUCGAUUUCUUGGGCAUUCAAAGCCCCCAGGCUGCUCAUUACUCGGGGAUCCUAACCUUACUAUCUGAUGCAGUUGUGAAGCAGCGGAUGAAGACGCCUACACGGCCUCGGAGCAGAUAUGUCGGAAAAUUAAUCUCCUUUAGCAAGGAAGGGGACACUGGUCAAGACAGUAACAACCUGAACAGUAAUGAUGGCGAUGAUGUGGCUCUGCCUCACAAUAAUACAGCGCCAGCAAGUGGGGACAUUGGUGGGCUUUGGAUGACAGACAUUUCGGGUCAACCCACCGAGAUGGAUGGAGAUAUGUUGCGGGGGUGGGACAUCCUCGACUUGUCUCAGUGGGAUAGCUUUCCUUUCUAUAGCCCAAGAGUUUUUGGAUCAGACUGA